UAUUCCCCGAACUUCUUUUACAUCUCAUUAUCAAACAAGAAUUUCUUCCUUUUAUAUUGCAAAUUUCGCAAACUGAAAACCAUGGAGGUAUAAGAGAAAAUUUAGAGGUCGACUUAAUUUUCAUGGGCCAAAGGAACAUCUUUGUCCAGGCUCUGUUCCUAGAUAUUGCACAGUUAUCUUGGUGCACAGUUGAGGGUCAGGAUGAGGCUUCACAAUGGAAUAGAUGCUGAGCAUCUGAUGCAGAUGCUUAGGCAGAACUUACAGAAAGAACAAGACCAGUGGAAACCAAAGGCAUACAAAUCUGUUGAUAUUGACACAUCGGAAGUGAAUGGAAGUCAGAGAGAUGAGGCUGUUCGCUGGAUGUUGUUUCUAAACAGGAAGUUUGGAUUUACCCCAGAAACCUUUGGUCUCAGUGUUUCCCUUCUCGACAGAUUUCAGUGUCUUGUUAAAGUUCGACCUAAGUAUCUGCAUUGUGUAGCCAUUAGCUGUCUUUACAUCGCAGCUAAGACCCUGGAGGAAGAAGAAGUAAUUCCCAGCACGGUAGAUCUUGUGAAGAUAAGUCAGUGUAGCUGUUCAGUGGCAGAAAUCCUGCGUAUGGAGCUAGCCAUUCUUAACAAAUUAUCAUGGAACAGUAAAUUUGUUACAGCAGUAGACUUUCUUCACAUUAUCCACGGAAUGUUGAUGAAUUACUUCCCUCAACUGCUUAAGGGACUCUGUGACAUGACACCCUCACGUCAUCUCGGUCUUCUGAUGAGACGUUUGUUUUGUUGCUAUAGUAACCAUCGAUUGAUGACCUUCAGACCGGUGACCUUAGCUAUGACUGUGAUCUGUUUAGAACUGGAACAGAUUACACACAAUUGGCUCUCCAUGGUUAUAAUGGUACAACAAAUGGCUAAGAUUAACAAUGAAGAUUUUAUCCAAUGCCGAGAGGAAUGUGGAAGGUUUCUAACCAGUAACAAACUGCUACCCACCGGUUACAAAUUUUCUGCUCAAAAGCCAUUGCCUAAAAAGUCCAUCAAACGCAAGGCCAAUAUUUUGGAUGAUGAGGAUGACAUCUACGAUGGAAUCAAACGGCUGUACAAUGAAGAUAAUAAUGAUGUCAGGAUGUCAUGUGCCAAAGAGUUGCACCAAGAUAACGAUAAUUUCAUACAAAUGACUACUGUUAGUGCCAAUUAAUAUGUAAUCUCAGGGCUAGUGUUUGGAUGUUACAGGUAGAUAGAGUUGAGAAUUCAUAUCAUUAUCCUGCUCCUUGCUGAAACCUUAAAUUAGUCAAAUUAUCCUUUUGGUGUGACUUGGUUAGUAGAAUUUAUCUUCUCUGAAUUUUUUCUUCUUCAAAAAUGAAUCACAGAUGAUGUUUCCUUAAGAAAAGUAAAUAUUUUAUAGUAAAUAGUUACAGUUUAACGCUUUUGAAAUAUGUGUUUAUUAAUAUACUAGUAAGAAGAAAAAAAAACAGUAUGUAAACUUUAUGUUAAAGUAAAUUUUACUCUGUUCUGUCUUCUGUUUCUCAACUUCUUCUAAAUGCAAGUCCAGAAUCUAAGAGAUGCAUAUAUCAAUCAAAAUCUAACAGAAAUAAUCUUUGAACUGUAGCCAAUGUCUCUUUUAAAAUAAUUUGUUUGUUUUUAUGUUACAUUUUUCACCAGAAUAUGUUAAAGUGCCAUAUUUUAUUUUGUUUAUAGAAGUUUAUUAUUACUACGUACUUAACAUAUUCUUGGAGGUCUACCCACUCUUAUGAUUGUUAAUGCCAUUAUUAUGAAGCUUGCCUGAAUUUCACACCAUAGAUAUUAUACAUGCAAAUCAAUUGAUUUGAUCUUCUUUUAAAUAACACAUUUGUUUGGCAAUAUUUCUGAAAAAUUAUCUUUGUACAAUAAAUUUAUAUAUUUUUGGCAACAAUUCUAAUCCAUGAAAUAUCUUUACAGCACAUAUUAUGAUGACUAUAAAAAUUUUAAUUUAUUUUUCACAAUCAAAAAAGUAUACAAGUGCUAACAUGCGAUUUAGUUUUCUCAUACAGAAGCUAAAUUAUAUGAAAAUUAUAAAUUGUUAUUUUUUUUUUCUUGUUAUUUUUGUUUGUAAAUACAUGUACAAAGUUUUCUUUUUAAUUUUUGACGAGGCUGUGACAAGAACAAAUGAUUAUAUGUUAUAUUUUCCACUGAUUAGUACAGUAUUUUUCUUUUUCUUUUAAAUUUUGUAUGUUAUUUUGUGUUGUAAGUUAUUUAUGCAUCUUUUUGCUUUAAUGUUUAUUGGCAUACUAAUGUAAUUUUAUAUUGUUUAUUUGAUGUCUACAAAUAUAAAUACAAAAAAAAUUGAUUCAAUAGCAUUUUCAAAAAAAAUAAUUUCUUAGAUUUAAGAAUCCUGUUUUAUUGAUGAUGAGGACUUUUGAACAAAGACACUUACAUUUUCUAAAUAAAUCUAACAUUAUCAGUUGAAAAUGAUUGAAUAAUGAAAGGAAAAUAUGAAAAGUAUUUGUUUUAUUAUUUUGAAUUAGGCAAAAAUUACAUCAGUUGAGGAUAUUCAGUCUUAAUUGACCCUCCACUACUUAUUUUCUCACAGUUCUACAAUAAUUACUUUAUUUUAAGUGAAAUUGUUAUUUGUAAUAAGAAAUGAAUAAUUUCAACAUUAAAGAUAAAAAGAAAACUAAAUAACUUGCACCUUUCAAAGUUUAUUUUUGUUGUUUAUAACCUAUGAUUUUAUUGCUAACCCUUAUUUGUUCAUGAGUGGUGUAGAAUAUAUAUUUCAUAUUUUCAGCAAAAUAAAAAAAAAAACAUGAAACAUAAAAAAAAGUUGUUAAAAAAAAUAUAUAUAUAAACAUAAAAUGUAAGAAAACAGUUGCUUUUAAAUGUAGUUAAAAUAUUUUAAUUUAUUUAAACUGUUGUGACGAUAGUUUCAUUUAUAUCUAUUGUUACAAGUAUAAAUAUUAAUGAAUCAGAUUUUAUCAGGCUCCACAUGGGACAAAACCAAUAGACACAAACAUGAGCUCUACCGAGCAUAUUAACAAUAUGUUCUUUCUGAAUAUAAAGAAUUUUUAUAGUUUUUUUUAGAAUUAAAAAAAAAAUCUCAGCUCUUCAGUCUUUUACUCUGACAAUCUUUCUUGUGAAUAAAGUGAAAUAUGAGGAGAAAUGUUUGAAUGAUAUUAAUUCAAAAUAAUGUUAUAUUUCUAAUAACAUGUUCAUUGUAAUUGAAAAUUUAAAAAAUGGAAAAAGUUGCACUUAUCUCAAGAUAUAAAUGAAACUAUUAUGAGUUGGACCUAAAUUUCCCAAUUUUGAUAUGCAUGAUAUUGUAACAUGUGCCACCACCAAAUAUGAUGGAAAAAAACAACAUUAUUUUACGUAUCCUAAUUGGAACUUUGUUUAUACAGUGAAUUUUUUCUUUCAUAGAAAAAUUUCACUGUAACUAUAUGAUUAUUUAUUGUUAUAAAAAUUGAUGUACCAGUUGUUUAGAUUUUUGGUCUUCAACAAAUUAAAUGCUGUCAAAAUAUUCUCAUAUGUCAUAAGAUCUGAUAUGAAAUUCUGAUUCCUUGCCAAGAUGACAUCAAAAAGUAUUUUACCAUAGAAUUUAACAAUGAUUCAAAUAAGAUAAACAGUUGUUUAAUAGUAUUCAUUGCUUGAUAUCAUGUAAAAAAAGGAUCUCAUCAUUUCACCAACCCAUUCUGUAUAUUUUUAUUUGGUGCGUCUUUUAAGUACUUGUUAAUAAUUACUGUUUUAAUUUAUAUUCCCAAAAUAGCAAUAUCAUAGCGAAAAAGGGAGGGAAUCAUUAAGUAUUUCCUUUGUUCUUUUUAUUAUGUUAAUGAAUAAGAAUUUGUGAUUGAUGUUAAUGCUACUUUGGGGAUCAUUCCUGGGAGAGAGAGAAAGUAUGAAAAUAAAUGAAAUCAAGGCAGCAAAAUCCCAAGAGUAAAGUGGUAUGUGUAUACUUUGGGGUAUGUGUAUACUUUGGGCCAGUAAAAUUUGUAAAUUUGGGAAAAAAGGUGUGGUAGUGUGUGUGCUGGUUCUCUGACAAGGUGUGAAAAACUAAUAUUUUUAUAUAAUAGUUAAAAAAUCAAAAAGAAUUUGUCAAAAAGGUUUUUAAAUGAAGAAAAAAUGUUCAAGAUUAGCAAGCAGAAUUAGGUCGCUGUUGAAGAUUUAUAUAGUUUUCACCAUAGAAAUUUCCAUUUUAAUUAUUCAAAACAGGUUUUGGCUCAUCUGAAAAUUAUUGAUGACUUGCAAAAAAUUUGUUAAAGUCUGACUUACUUAUUAGACACAAAAUUGAUACACAAGGAAUAAAGAUAUAAACACAUAGUAAUAAUAUAAUGUUACUUUGUCAGAGGGUAUACCAGUGAAAGAAGAACUUUUUGUGAAGUUUUGUAAAUAAUGCUUAUUUGAUUGGCAAUACUCUAGGGAAGAGAGAGAGAGGGUUUUUAUAACCAAAUUUUAGUUUGUUUUUAAAGCAAGACUUUUUUUUGUUUUUAUACACAAAUAAAGACCAACUAGUGAGAAAGGUUUUAUAAGAAAUAUAAUUUGUUGUUGUUAUGUAGUUGUACAAAUGUUUUCUGUUUUUGUUUACUGUGCAUAUUGAUAUAAAUGAACACAUGAAGAUCAUCUGUGUUAGAAUAGUACAAUGAAAGCAUAAAUCCUUAAUAAAGUAGGAAUUUAAAGAAUGUAUGAAGAAACAAACAUACAUAUCAGAACAUCUAAUACCACCUUAUAUUUUUGUGUCAUUCCAUUUACACAAUAGUUAUAUUAAAAAUAGGGCAAAAUAAUUGUAAGUUAUCAUGAAUUAUUAUUAUUUUCUGAACAAUAUCUGAUAACAUGUGCUGAAUCAGGAUUGAAGAGGAGUAUCAUUUCCCAAUCUAUUUUCCCCAAAAUAUUCAUUAAAAAUAAUUUGACAGAAAACAUGUUUUUAAUAAAUACACAUUGGUAUUUAAAUACGCAUAUUAGUUCAUUAUUACACUUGGACAAAUGGCAAAUUUUGUGAUUUGUUUGUUGAUUCAAAGAUGUAAAAGAAAUCCCCCCCCCAAAAAAUCUGAUUUUGAGCAUCUGUACUUUAUAUAUAACUAAGAUUGCUAUAUAGUAUUAUGUAGUUUUUAUAUGGACUAUAGAUUGAUGAAGGCUGUGAUUACAUGUUAUCAGAAAGCAAUAAAGUCUGGUGGCACAUUA